AUGUACCUGCCAUCGACGUCAUACACAGGUUAUUACGAUGGCGGUGACCCGGCAAACAUCUCCUGGCAAGCUUCACAAAUUGCAGGUGGAGCACGUCAUUAUGGUGUCACAGACCACACAAGAUGGUCAAAUACAGCACAACAAGAACCUACAACUACAAUGCACAACGGCGCAGGAACAUCUACUGCGGGGAGCUCUGAGCGCACGGAAGACGCGUUCCACCAGCCAGCAGACAAUCAUGCCGCAAACAAUUUCGAGUCAGAGUCGGGAAUGGCAAUCAUUCCAGCAAUGCCGGCAAGCACCCCUUUGAACACAAGCACUGGCAACACUCGGGUAGAUGGGACUACCGCCGAUACUGAAGUGAAUGAUGAAACUGACAAUGACGCACAAGGGGAUGAAGAUGGUGGGCAAUCAGAGAUCAUGGUACCUCAGCCACCGUACAUUGGGCAGAGAUUUGAAUCGUUCAAAGCAGCAAAGGAAUACUACCAGACAUAUGCAAAUUUCCAUGGAUUUGCGGUCAACACUGAGUACCAUAGGAAAAUUAAGAAAACUAACGAGUACAGCAGAGGUGAGAUGAGGUGCCACAAGGCACGAAGGAACAAGAAGGGGAAAGGUGCUGCGCCUGUCAUUCCAGAACGAAAGAGAGGUAUCAUUCUCAAGAAUGAGUGCCCUGUCCGGUGUAAGCUAAACGUAGAUGGAGCACAGUGGGUGGUCAAUGAAUAUUUUGACGAGCACAACCACCAACUCAUAAAGAAGUUCGACCUGGUGAAAUUUCUGACCACCCACAGAGGGUUCACCCCCAUCGAAAGGCAAUUCAUAAAGCUACUACAUGAUUGUAACGUCGGUCCAUCAAGAAUGGCCAGGUACCGUAGAGAGAGCAAGUUGGCAGACAUAGAGGCCACAAUUACCUACUUCGAUGAGAAAGCCAAGGAAGAUCCAGAUUUCUUCUACAGGAUAAGGUUGGACGAUGAGGACCGUGUCAGGAACAUGUAUUGGGUGGAUGGUGCUGCAAGGAGAGCCUACAAACAUUUCCGAGAUUGCAUUUCAUUCGACGCGACGUACCUCACCAAUAUGUACAAGAUGCCAUGCGCUCCGUUCAUAGGAAUAAAUAACCACAAUCAGUCGUUGCAGUUCGGCUGCGGGCUCGUCCGGAACGAAGACACGGAUGGGUACAUUUGGCUGUUCAAGACCUUCUUGGAGUGCAUGGAUGGUCUUGCUCCGAUGAACAUAAUAACGGACCAGGAUUUCAGCAUGCGUGCAGGCAUAGAGCAGGUCUUUCCGUUGGCAGUGCACAGGCACUGCAGGUGGCACAUUAUAAGAAAGGCUGAGAAGACGCUAGGACCGUUCUUUGCUGACCGUCCAGAUCUGCACAAGGAAUUCGAGCUGUGCGUGGACCACAGCUUGAUGGUGGAGGAGUUUGAAAAGAGCUGGAUGGCCAUGACUGAAACACAUCAAACUACACAGCGCAGCGAGGGGUUCAAUGCUGUUUUGAAGCGGUACGUCAGCCCUGACAACUCAUUGCUACAGUUUGCCAAGCAGUACACAGCUUUGCAACAAAAAAUUCUGGGAUCUGAGCUACAACAAGAAGCGAACACCGCGCUAAAGCAGCCAAAAUUGCUAACAUACUUACCGAUGGAGAGGCAAAUGAGCAAGAUAUACACCAACAAGAUCUUUAACAAAUUCCAGGAAGAAAUAAAGCGUGCCAGCAUGUUCACGGCUUUCCAGGUGGACGAACGUACGUUCAAGGUCUGUUCUAUUUUGGGCAUGUCAGAUUCAGAACCUGAAGACCUGGACAAAGGAAGGAACUACUUCGUCACAGCCUUGAUAGGCGAAGGCGAGUUCUACUGCCAAUGCUGCAAGUUCGAACGGGACGGCAUUGUGUGCUGUCACAUACUAAAAGUAAUGGACAUGAACGCUGUGACACGGAUGCCCCGCCAUUUCAUAAGGCGACGAUGGACUUGGGACGCUGACGACGCGUUGGCGCCGCAGACAACACACGCAGUUCUGGCUGUGCAUGACGAGAGACCAGAGUCAACCAUGGAAGCCGUGAGGCACAUUGUGCAGACAAAGAACUAUGCGGAGCUAAUUGAUGAAGCGUGCAAGAGUGAUGAGACAGCGAGAGUCGCAGAAAAACACAGGAAGGCACUGAAAAGAGAGCUUGAUGAGAUCAAGAAGAGGAAAGCCGAGGAAGCCUUACACCGGUUCCCCUGCACAUCAAGCGUGCCUUCAUCCAUGGGGCCAUCGUCUGAAAACUCGGAGAUAGGAUCUGGAACAGCAAGCACACAGACCCAGGUCAGGAACCCACCCCCUUCCAUCACAAAGGGUCAUCCAAGAGAGAUAAGGUACAAGUCGGGAUUGGAGAUCCAAGCAAAACACAAGAAAACGAAGAAAGGGGCGGGCAAUCCAUGA